AUGAGUGUAGUUGGCGAUAUUUAUGACGUUAAGUUUCUCACUUUCAAUACGUGGGGACUAAAAUUUGUUUCGAAGCAUAGAAAAGAACGGUUGCGAGCUAUUGCGGACAAAUUAGCCGGUAAAUCGGCAGCAAUUCCCCUUCCUGGCUCAGAGACCUUGCGAUCAGAUGAAUGUGAGCUAGAGGAUGAUUAUGAUGUGGUAGCUCUUCAAGAAAUUUGGUGUAAAUCUGAUUGGGAUUAUAUUGUGAGCAGGUGUCAUCAAAAGUACCCCUACUACAGAAUAUUCUAUUCGGGAAUACUGGCAGGUCCUGGGUUAGCCAUUUUGUCAAAGAUACCCAUUGAAUCGACAUUUUUGUAUCGAUUUCCAAUCAAUGGCAGACCAAGCGCUUUCUUCAGAGGCGAUUGGUACGUGGGCAAGUCUGUUUCCAUCACCUUACUUAAGCCUUUAAGCAAGUCAACAUAUCCACUUGCUAUUUUGAAUAGCCACAUGCAUGCUCCAUAUGCGCUGAAAGGUGACGCAGCUUAUCACUGUCAUAGGUCAUGCCAAGCAUGGGAUUUUAGCAAAAUUGCAAAUCUAUACAAGAAAGCUGGAUACGCGGUGGUGAUCGUAGGGGACCUCAACUCAAGACCUGGUUCUCUUCCUCAUCAAUUCUUGACAAAGGAGACAGGUCUUGUAGACUCGUGGGAACAGUUACACGGAGAGCAGGAUUUGCAAUUGAUUUCGCGAAUGGACCCCCAUGACCAAAUAAGAUUAGGUGGAACUACCUGUGAUUCUAUUCUAAAUACUUGGAGGGCACAGAGGAGGCCCGAUGAGGCUUGUAGGCUGGACUACGCCUUGGUUGAUCCUGAAAGAUUGGAGACUGUUCAGGCAAGGGUGAAGUUUACUGAACAGAUUCCAAAUGUUGGUAGCUUUUCUGAUCAUUUUGCUUAUAAUUGUACCCUUAGAUUACUUCCAAAAAGCGAAUCUCAGCCCAAAAAUCCUCCGAAGAGAGACUUGUUGUUAGACAAACUCGCCAAUUAUGAAGAAAUGCUUCAAGUUCUUGCGAAAUAUCGUAGAGUUUCCAAGUGGCAGAAGUUGUGGAGGGGGACUCACUUCUGGCUCUCGGUUUUAAUCAUCAUUAUAAUACAUGUCGUCACGACGUUCACUUCUAAUCGCGCAGGGUGGUCUUCUGUGUUUUGGGUAUUCUUCGCUACAUUCAUGGCAGUGACUGGACUCAUUGAUGGCUUAAUAUCAUUCCUAUUUGGCCGAAGUGAAAUUCGCGCGUUAGAAGAAGUCUCACAAGAAGUUCGAGACUCAAGGAGGGAAAUCCAAGAAACAUUGGAAAAUAAGCUAUAG